UGAGGAAUUCAGGGUCAUCUCGAGAUCAUUGAUAGCAUUUUCAAAACAAUAAUCCGAGCGAUUAGCCCUCAAUAUGCACUAAAAGCCACAGAUAAUCAAUAAAUCCGAGGUUUGAUGGUCAAAAAUUGAAGCCACAAACCGUUUUCAAGCCAACAAACACGCGAAAUAAUGGAGACUUGUGACGACCAAAGUAUCCGCGAUGCGGCAAAAAAGCGUCUCAAGGCAAUGUCGGAGAAGAAAAUUGUCGCAAAACCAACGUUGUCGUUGUACAGCGACGAGGAAUUGGAUAUGACGGAAGCAAAAAUGGAUUUGAACCCGAAAGAAACGGAAAAAUCUCCAAAAAUGUCAUCCGUAACCGAUGAAGUGAAUGGAAAACGCCUUUAUCGCAUGGAUCGAACGCUAAAUACGGAUUCGGAAUUAAGUGAAGGUGAAAUUGUCGAUGACGACGACGACGAAAUGCAAGUUUCUAAAGAAAUUUCAGCGGAAAAGGUCGAAAAUCGUUCAGAAUUUCCAAAUAAUCACGUAAAAUUCGACUUGAGACAACGCAUUCAGAGUCGUUUUCGGGGAAAUGCAUCGCGAGGACGCUUCAAUAACAACCAACAACGCAAUUUUCGUCGAUCACGAAGUCGUUCGAGAGACAAGGAGCAUCGUUCAAAAGACUCAAAAGAGCGCAAAAGUUCAAAACGCAGUUCAAGUCGUCGUUCAUCGGGAAGUUUCGAGGGAAAAUCCGCCAAAAAGAAGAAAGAAAAGAGAAAAUCAGACGAAAAAUCGAUUGAACUGGAAAAAGUUGAGGAAUUGACGACACUUUCGGCAGACGAUGAUGAUUUCAUUAAAGAACUCAAACUCAAAAUUAAAGAUUUGAAUGCGGAAUUGCAUGAAAGUGUGAAAGAAACGACGCCAAUUGAACCAGUUAAGAAGGAAAAAACCCCCGUGAAGAUAGAAAAGGCAGAAAAAGUCAAAGAAAAUGACAAAAAUGAUAAGAAACGUUCGAGAACAUCGCCUGAAAGUCAUUCGUCGCGCGAGAAAAAGAGAGAAAGGAAGCGAAGUCGAACCAGAUCACGAACCCCGAAGGCGUCGGUGAAGCAAAAGAGUGAGAAAAGUGAAAAAAUUGUUCCAAAAAUGAGUGAAAAUGCAUCGAAAGUGACUGAAAACGUGAAAGAAUUGACAAAAGAAUGCCCGAAAGAGAAGGAUUUAUCAAAGGAUUGUUCAAAAAAAGAAGAAAAACGAUCGUAUCAGAUUAAAAUGAGCGACGGAACUGUUCAAGAAAUUCCAUUUGCCUUAGUAAAACACACAAAUACACUGCCAAAAAUUACAUUCUCAUCUCGUUUCAACCUCAAACAUGAUAAGAGCAACGUCGCAGAUGACAAAAAAUCAACUCAUGACAAAACCAGCGAAGAAUCCAAACAGUUACCGAGUAUUAAGGAUACUGCAACGAGUAAAAAAUCAUCCGAUGUGCAUUCAAACAAGGCUAGUGAUGAAAAAUUCGAGCGAAAAGACCAUAAGGAAAAGGAAAAAAGUGAAAAAUCCAAAAGUGAUCAUCGCAAAAAGUCACCUGAGAGGAAAAAAUCCGAAAAAUCUGACAAAGUUGAGAAGAAAAUUGAGAGAAAAAGUCGUGAACGAACCCCGUCAGACAGAAAACGAACAAAUGACAACCAAAAUCGAAGCAUUUCACAUUCGGCAAGACGAUCCCGUGACAGAAAAGAAUCAGAAUCGAAACCAAAAUCAGCACAAUCGGACAAAAAAACGCCUCAACGAGACGAGAAACGACGAGUAAAUGACAAUCAUCGCUCAAAUUCACGUAGUAGAGAUACAAAAAGUGACAAAAAAUCUCGACCUGAACCGAAAAAUGACCAUCGAACAUCUUUGCCGAGCGAAAAAUCGAAUAAACAUGACAUUAAUCGUUCGAAACGACCCUCAUCGAUGGAUAAAAGUUCACGAAAUGAUCAAAAAAUUGAAAAAUCGAGCAAAAUUGAUGAGAAAAAAGUAAAAGAUGAGAAGAAAUCAAGUCACGAAAGUAAAGAAGAUCGCCCAAGAACAAGUCACAGAGAUGAAAAAGAUCGAAAAUCGACACGAGAUCAUCGAACUCCGCCUAAAAAUGUGAGAAAAAAGGAAGAUGAGAUCAAAAAUGAGUCAAAAAAAGUAAUUUCUCCCAUUAAAGAUGGGUCCAAAAGUAGUACAAAGCCUCGUCAAGAGCAAAAACUUACAUUAUCCUUCGCCGAUGAGCUCGAAGAAGUGCAAGGAUUGAAACCUGCGAAAGAUGACGACGACAUUUUCGCUCCAACAACCAUAAAAAGUGAUAAAAAUCUCCCGAAAUCUCCUGUUAAAGAGAUCAAAAAGGAAAAAUCUCCCUUAAAAGAAGUAAAAAAGCAAAAAUCGCCCGUUAAGGAAGUAAAAAUUCCAAUUCCUGAAGUAAAACGAGAGAAAUCUCCCAUAAAAAUUACAAAAGAAGAACCAACUCGGGACAGUAAAAAGUCAGAACAUGCAAUGAUGUUGAAGAAAAUCGAAAGCAACGUCUCAGAAAUCCUCGCCCCAUUAUCAGAAUUCGAAAAACUCGCGCAAGAAAACUUAAAACCCGAGGAUUUCUUGAACAAAAUUAAAGAUUUGUUCGCUUCCGAGCCCAAAUCCGACUCAAAACCGGCAGAAAGUCUCUACGAACCUUGUGAUAUGAACGUAAUCGACACAAAAUUCAUCCCGGAAAAGCCUCUUCCGGUAAAACUCGAGUCUGAAUACGAGACUUUUAUCAACAGCUUAACAGAAAAUGACGACACGAAGGAAAAAGAGGCAAAACCGAAGAAAAUUUCACGUUCCUUAUCGCAAUCGACGAAUAGUUCUCGCACAUCGGGCACUACAACAACAACAACGUCAACGAAUAACUCCUCAAGUGAUGAAAGUUCGUCCUCGAGCGACAGCGAUUCGUCGGAUUCGUCCUCAGAAUCCGAUUCAAACGACGAGGAAGAAGCGAAAAUGGCAGAAAAGAAGCUCUCUAGUCCCUCGAAAACGCCGCCACGUGAAUUGUUGCCGCCAAAACCGGAUGCCGUCGUGAGUAGCACAAUCGAUCAAACGCCAGUAUUGACUCCGUUGCCGGAAAAACGCGAAAAUCCCAUCAAAAUUCAGAUGAAUUUGAUACAAAAAGUCUACAGCUUGAAAGCGCACAUGACGGAACAGGAAAUGCCUGUAUUUGAAAAUGUCGAGAAUGUUGCCGAGAAGAAGAAGCAACAACACGACGAAAGUUCAAAAUCCCGCAAACGAUCUCGAAGUCGUUCAAAAGAUCGCAAAUCUGACAGAAAAUCCAUCGGAGGAGACAAAAAAUCGAUCACAAACGAUGAACGAAAACGCCAACGAACUCGUUCACGGAGCAGAGAUCGUCGUCGCGACACGAGAAAUCAGCGUGGCAACAGUCGAGAUCGUCGCCCAAGCGACAAACGACGUCGAAAUUCCAAAAGUCCCAUACGACGUCGUCGUUCUCGCGAUCGUUCUCAUCGUCGAUCCAUCUCCCGAAGUCCCAUUCGACGAAAUAAUCGACGCGUUUCAUCGCCUCGCCAUCGUCGCCCUCGUUCUCCGCGAACACCUGAAAGUCCAAAGAACAAGUAUUACUCGAGAUCCCGCAGUCACAGUCGAAGUCCGUUAAGAAAUCGACGAAAUUUGUGGAAUAAUCGGGAUUAUCGACGCCCGCCGUCGCCCCAAAGUGACACCGAAUCUCCCGUUGCUGGAUUUAAACGGAGUUUAGCUGAUUCGACAAUUAGCGACGCCGAGUUGGAACAGCAACAAUUGUACAAAAUACAAACUCACAUGACAACUGAGGGAUUUUACUCGUACGAAGAUCCGUCAUUGCAUCACCAUUCGCAUCAUCCGCAUCAUUCGCACGAGCAACACAUGCCUUUGCACGAUUCGCCGCGUCGUUUGUCGUUGGAUGAUCGCAUCAACAUGGCUCUUGGCGGCGAAACUUCGAAAUAUCCGUAUCAGGAGGAACCUUAUCGCUACAAUAAUUACAAUCCGACGCAAUAUCCGCCGCAUCAUCAUUCACAACAGCUCCAAUAUCGUUACGAUCCCGCUGUUUACAAUGGACCUCAACCCGGCGGCAUGGAUCCCCAUUAUCCCAAUCCGCGAUACACAAAUUAUCACAAUAACCCCCCGCGAACGCCAAAUCCCCAAUUUUCACGCGAACCUCCGAUGAUGAUGAUGCCGCAUCAGUCGAAUAUCAAGCCCGUGCCGCAAGUUUCGUUCCAUCAACAUCAUCCAACGCCUCAAAUCGCUCCAAAUAUUCCUGCUCCGCAAAGCGUAAUGUCAGGCAAGGCCCUGCAAAAGGGAAAUAUGCUCGAAAUUGUGCCCACAAACAUCGAUUUGCAUGCGGAAAGUCGACAAGAAAACACUCCGCAACAAGAAAUCUUCGGCCCGCAGCAAGAAGUGAAGAAGAAAAAACUCAUUUUUACAGCGGAAGAACUCCAAAGUCGCAAGGAAAAGCGUUUGGAAAUGCGAAAAAAACGCAAAGCUGAGAGAGACAAGAAACGGUUGGAGAAGAAAAUGCGAAAGGAAAAGCUAAAAUUGGAAAUUAAGCGUCUCGUGAGCAUUGGAGUCAAAGACGAGGUACUGUCGAGUGACGAAGAAGAUGCUCCCUUUGACGAAAUUGAUAGGAAAGGAAUUUAUGGAACCAAAGAUCGAGGCAUUUUGAAAAAGAAAGAAGAAACUGAAACGAAAAUCGUCAAAAAAUCCGUCAAAUUUGCGGAUGGAAUUUUACCCGGAGAUGGCAGUUCGUAUUCCGACAACGAUCAAAACGCAGAAGUAUCUCCAAACACGUCACAAGCUAACGAAAAACGCAAAAAGAAGCUCAAAAAGCGCAAGAAGCAUCCCGUGAGUGAAACUACUGAAAACAAGACUGGUCCAUCAACGGAAUUGACGCCAUUCCCAAUCGAACUAAAUAUUCCGCCAGAACUUGAGCAUGCCGAGCCUCCGCCGCCUCCCGAUGGCGAUCCGUCGCCCGAUUUGCUACAACCGCGAUAUUUGUAUCCGAAUCGCGUGCCAAUGUUGUUUUUUCAUCUUUUGCGUCCCUCGCAUUAUCAACCGGCGUCGCAUCCGCCUCAACAUCAUUCUCAUCCUCAUGCAGGACAUCCUUCUAGUAUUAACAAUGCACAUCAAUCGCCUGCACUUCACAUGAAUCCGCAACAAUCGCAGCAGCAACAGAACAAAUUGCCAAACAGUCGCGUGAAUCAUCUGCCGCCGACUUUUGCGAAUAAUAGAAAUUUAGUUGAAAACUUGCAAUAAUCCGUUUUUUUUUUCAUUUUUUUUUCUUUUGUAUUAAAAAAUAGUUAAUAUGAAUAGUUAGUUACGAUUCCUCGUCAAAUAAGUUAUUCGAAAUAAAAGAAUAUGGAUUUUAA